CUGUCUGUGUGUGCGGUGCGUGGAGCUUGUCCAGCCCGUGUGCGCGUGUGCGCGGGAGGCGAGGCCGGACCAUGACGGAGACGUUGCGGCCCCCGGCCCUCCAGGUGCAGGUCCCCCGGGAGGAGGAGGAGGAGGAGGAGGAAGGACGGGACGGUGGAAGCAUCUGUGGUGGUGUUGGAAGGGGAAGUGCCUCCGCUGGGGACGGGGGUAGCGACGGCCUGGCCUGGUCCAGCUCCUCCACGCCCACGCUGCGGCGCCGGCGCUUCAAGAUGCGCCGCAUGAAGAAGGUCCCGAGCGAGCGGGGACUGGAGUGUGUGCACAGGCCACGGCUGGAGAAGAACGGCCUGCUGCGCCACGCCACCUCCAAGGACUACCUGCAGCUGCCGGCCAUCGAGAUCACGCCGUCCAGCGACGAGGACGCGCCCAACUGGUCCAACUGCUCCACGCCCAGUGCCUCGCCCCGACGCAAGCGCUUCCUGCUACGCAAGUGGCUCAAGAGAAAGGAGCACGUCAGCGAGAGCAGCAGCCAGCAGAGCAGUCAGCAAAGUAGCCAUGACGACGACUCCACACGCUUCCUGACUCCAUUCAUCCGGGAGGAGAGGUCCAAUAGCAGUGCAGACAAGUUCAGCACUGCCAGUAACUCGAACCGGAGCACGCCCGCCUGCUCGCCCGACCUGCGCAAACGCUCCCGCUCGCCGACGCCCCAGGGCCUGGAGGUGGACACCGCCAUGGUGGAGAAGGGUACCGACCAGUCCUCGGACAAGUCUCCGUCCACCCCGGAGCAGCUGGUGCAGCGCACCUGCUCCGUGCAGACGGCACGCAGCAGUGGCAAGAACUCCAAGUCUCACAAGCGACUUUCCAAAUAUGACAGGCUAAACCUGAUCAAAAAGAGCCAGAGCUGGUACAACCAUGAAAGACAGCACAUCCUGAGAGUCUUGAGCCCUACGUAUAAACAGCGUAAUGAGGACUUCAGGAAGCUCUUCAAACAGCUGCCCGACACUGAGCGCCUCAUCGUGGACUACUCCUGUGCACUGCAACGUGACAUCCUGCUGCAGGGUCGACUCUACCUCUCGGAAAACUGGAUCUGUUUCUAUAGUAACAUAUUUCGCUGGGAAACACUGCUGACAGUGCGUCUAAAGGAUGUUUGCUCCAUGACAAAGGAGAAGACGGCGCGUUUGAUCCCCAAUGCCAUUCAGGUGUGCACAGACUCUGAGAAGCACUUUUUCACCUCGUUCGGGGCGCGGGACAGGACCUACAUGAUGAUGUUCAGGCUCUGGCAGAAUGCUCUGCUGGAGAAGCCCCUCUGUCCCAAAGAAUUGUGGCACUUUGUCCAUCAGUGCUAUGGAAACGAGCUGGGCCUCACAAGUGAUGAUGAGGACUAUGUUCCCCCUGACAACGACUUUAACACCAUGGGGUAUUGUGAGGAAAUCCCAGCAGAGGAGAAUGAGAUCAGCAAUGACAACUCAUCCAAGAGCAGCGGGGAGGCUAAAGCCGAAGGCAGCCCCCUACCCACGCACAAGAAGUCCCUCUCCAACAGCGCCCUUCACGCCACCAACACCAGCAGCAUUGAGGCGCCGCUCUCUAUUGACAUCGCUCCCGAGGAGUACACUGACUGCCUGCUAGACGGAGAGCUGCUCGGCAUCCCGGUGCUGGUCGAAGACAGGAGCCUGGGGGAGAUGGGGGCUGCCGUUCCGUUGCCCUUGCCCUUGCUUGACUUCAACGACAACGAGGACAUCCCCACUGAGCUCAGCGACUCCUCAGAGACGCACGACGAGGCAGGAGAAGUGCAGGCGUUCCACGAUGACCUGAAUGGUCGGCAGUACAUUAAUGAGGUGUACAAGUUCAGCGUGGACAAGAUGUAUGACAUCCUCUUCACUGAGUCCCAGUUCAUGGGAGACUUCAUGGAUCAGCGCAGAUUCACUGAUGUGGUCUAUCACCCCUGGAGGAAAGAGGACGCUGGGAACCAGACGAGAGAGAUCUUGUACACCAUCUCCCUCUCCAACCCACUGGCCCCUAAAACAGCCACUGUUACAGAGACGCAGACCCUGUACAAGGCCAGCCAUGAGAGCGAGUGCUAUAUCAUCGACGCCGAGGUGAUCACACACGACGUGCCGUACCACGACUACUUUUACACGCUCAACCGCUACAUGCUAACGCGAGUGGCCAAGAACAAGUGCCGUCUGAGAAUAUCCACUGAGCUUCGCUACAGGAAGCAACCGUGGGGGCUGGUCAAGGGCUUCAUUGAGAAGAACUUCUGGAGCGGGCUGGAUGAGAACUUCCGCUCUCUCGAGCUGGAGCUGGCUAAGCUGGAGGACAUCAUGCUGUUGGAGCAGCAUGCUCUCUCCCUCCGGGCCUCGCCCAAAGCCAAGGUGGUGAAGAACUCCACCCUGCGGCGCAGGAAGAGGCCCUUGCAGCACCUCCGCAGCCAGCACAUUGAAGAGGCCCUCAGCCCUGUUACCACGCCAACCGAUGAGGAGGUCAUCCACCGCAUCAAACACGUGGCAGGCUCCACUCAGACUAGGCAGCCCCCUGAACGCCUCUCCAGUGGGUCGGCACUGUGCAGUGUGUCUAAGCUCCUCCUCAUCAUCAGUUUUGUGAUCUGUAUAAGUCUGGUGCUGCUGGUGUUCCUAAACAUGAUGCUGUUCUACAAGCUGUGGAUGCUGGAGUACUCUGCCCAGAGUCUCACCACAUGGCAGGGCUUGCGGCUCCAGGAAAGUAAACUGCCCCAGACACAGAUGGAGUGGGCUCAGCUGUUGGAGUCCCAGCAGCGCUUUCACGAUGCUGAGCUACAGAAGUGGAGAGAAAUCAUCAAGUCCUCAGUGCUGCUCCUUGACCAGAUGAAGGACUCACUACUGAAUCUCCAGAGGGGCAUUAACCUGCGGGACUACAGCUCGGAGGCCGAGGAGAAGCGAAGUCGGUACCACUGACAGGCAGCCGGCCGGCCGCGCAAGGCAGGGUGUACAAUGCAGAGCUGUGUGUGUGUGUGUGUGUGUGUGUGUGUGUGUGUGUGUGUGUGUGUGUAUGUGUGUGUGU